AUGGGGCCCACUGCCCUGCUCUUCAUUGCCUUGGGCAUCAAGGUAUUUGUGGCCUGUGACACCUGCCCAGAGGUGAAGGUCCUGGGUCUGGAGGGCUCUGACAAGCUCAGCAUUCUCCGAGGAUGCCCGGGGGCACCCGGAGCCCCAGGGACCAAUGGAGAGGCAGGUGCCAAAGGAGAGAGAGGAGAACGUGGUCUCCCUGGAAUCCCUGGGAAGGCAGGACCACCUGGACCCAAAGGAAACCCUGGACAGAAGGGGCAUCCUGGAGAGAAAGGAGAGCCUGGGACACUUCAGGAUUGUCGCACAGGGCCUCGGAACUGUAAGGAGUUACUCACCCGGGGACAUACCCUGAGCGGCUGGCACACCGUCUUCCUCCCUGACUGUCAGCCCCUGACAGUGCUGUGUGACAUGCACACGGAGGGAGGAGGCUGGACCGUCUUCCAGCGCAGGAUCGACGGCUCUGUGGACUUCUAUCGGGAUUGGGCCGAGUACAAGAAGGGCUUCGGCAGUCAGCUGGGAGAGUUCUGGCUGGGGAACGACAACAUCCACGCCCUGACAGCCCAGGAAUCAGCUUCCCAUCUGCCCUGA